AUGGCACAGCGGCUGUGGAGGACACUCAGAGGGCGACAGAACCCCUUGCCGUCGGCAAACCCCAAGAACUGGCCCGAGCCUACCAUCGAGGAUGUCCUAGAGCGGCCGACCAGAAUCUCUCUCAAAAUAAUGCAGAAGUCGGGUUCGGCGGCACUGUCAAAAAAUCUCUCGUAGAUAUAGCAGAAUCGAGAUCGACCGUACUGUCAGAAUCGCUCGUAAGAUAAAAGCGGAAUCUUGGUUAGGCGAUACUGUUUGAAUCUCUGGUAUGGUCCAUCCAAGACAAUUUGUCCGAUGACGAGUCCGGCAUUUAGGUGCACAUUUCUCUGCACACAGGUGGUUGUUCCGAGUUCCGAAAGUACCGGCAAACGCCCUGUUUCCAGGCGCAUCGAUCUACGGAAAGCGAUUUUUAUUUUUGUGUUCCGCUUCUUCGUUAUUUCCAAAUAUCCCGAAUUAUUGGCUUGGUUUUUCCUGGGGUGUGUUUUUCUCAGAGCACAAUUCUGAGACCGGAUUUCGAUAGCUCUCGAAAAUCCCCAGGUGGUUUUUUUUUUCCGAUUUCGAUUUGAGGGAAAAAAAAAGUUAUGGACGAAAAACUAGAUCUGGGGUCCCAUUCGGCUUGGUUUUUCGUGCGAUAUUCAACCGUACUAUUUUAAAAUAGACCGCGGCAAUCGAUUCCUCUCGAAAAUCCCCAGGUGUUUUUUUUUUUCGAUUGUCGAAAAAAACUCCCGUUCUCGAGAUAUUUGUAUUUUGUUUGGCCGCCCAGCAAGCGGGGAGGAGUUUUCCCCCGUGGCUACGCGAGCCCCCACCCAGCUUGUGCGCAGGGCGCAACCCACCCCCACACGCUCUGCAACGGUGCUCAGCACCCAAAUUCGUCAUGGGUCGGCGGAAUAAGCGCCGCCGCACACCUCAAAGGGGAAGCGGCGGCCAAUUCCAGCGCCGUGAGUGCUCUGCGUCAGCUGCCGAUCCACCAACCCCCGAUGACAGCACCCUCUCUACCAUGGAAGUCGAUGACGACCAAGACCGCGACGAGGACUAUCGCGACGAGAGCACUGGUGCCUCCUCAGGUAGUGGACAGGCCACGCUGUCUUUCGUAGGGUCUGCUGAUGCAUGCGUCAUGUCCGCAGCAGUUCGAACGGCAGAGACUGCUGUGUGUCCAGAGGUUGGGCCGCCUCGGAGUGCGGCGCAACCUCACCGCUCAAAAAUCGCCCGGCGCAAGAAGGCAGGGAAGUCGAAGGAGGCGAAAAAGGAAGCAGAGAGGGAGGCGCUAGCGGCCGAGCGGGAGAUGAGGUGUAAGGCCAUCCUAAGGGCGAACGAGGUCUUCACGGCGUGGAAGAGG